UCGUAGGUGGGUUACAUGAUUGGCAUUUUGCGCAGUCGAAUUUCGGGAAUAGGGAGAGCGUUGCCUUCACACGCAAAAAGCCGACUCAGCUACUGGGAACUACGUAAUUUUCGUACACUGUUCUGUUUGGGGUCGGUUUUCCGGCCUCGGUCUCGUGCGUACCCGGAUUUCGAGAAUAGGCGCAGCGGCAUUCGCCCCCUCCCCCGGCUAUUCAGGGACGGAGUUUACGCAAAGUUCAAGCCGCCCUUAACGUUUGGUAGUCCUCUGCCCCCAAAGAAAUUUGGUAAUCCAGGGGAGCGUCUACGCAAAAAGAAGUGGGACCUGAAUGAGCUGCCCAAAUUUGAGAAGAACUUUUAUGUGGAGCAUCCAGAAGUGGCCAGGCUAACCCCCUAUGAAGUUGAAGAACUGCGACGAAAGAAAGAGAUUACAGUUAGGGGGACAGAUGCCUGCCCCAAACCUGUGUUUGCCUUCCACCAUGCUAACUUCCCACAGUAUGUAAUGGAUGUCUUGAUCGAUCAGAAUUUCACAGAACCCACUCCAAUUCAGUGCCAGGGCUUCCCAUUGGCCCUCAGUGGCAGAGACAUGGUGGGCAUCGCUCAGACAGGCUCCGGAAAGACAUUGGCACAUAUACUUGCACCUGCAAUUGUUCACAUUAACCACCAGCCAUAUGAGAGGGGAGACGGUCCAAUUUGUUUGGUUCUAGCUCCUACCCGAGAGCUGGCCCAGCAAGUCCAGCAGGUGGCUGAUGAUUAUGGCAAAUGCUCAAGACUUAAGAACUGCAUAUAUGGAGGAGCACCAAAGGUCCCCAGAUCGAGACCUGGAGAGAGGGGCGUUGAGAUCUGCAUUGCUACACCUGGCCGCUUGAUUGACUUCCUGGAGGCAGGAAAGACCAACCUUCGCCGAUGUACGUACCUUGUGCUGGAUGAAGCGGAUAGGAUGCUGGAUAUGGGCUUUGAACCCCAAAUUCGUAAAAUUGUUGACCAGAUAAGGCCUGACCGGCAAACUUUGAUGUGGAGUGCCACUUGGCCAAAGGAAGUGCGCCAGCUUGCUGAGGAUUUUCUGCGUGACUAUGUUCAAAUCAAUGUGGGCAACCUGGAGCUGAGUGCUAACCACAACAUCCUGCAAAUAGUGGAUGUAUGCAUGGAGAGCGAGAAGGACCAUAAACUAAUUCAACUGAUGGAAGAAAUCAUGGCUGAGAAAGAGAACAAAACUAUCAUAUUUGUUGAGACAAAAAGACGAUGUGAUGACCUCACCCGAAGAAUGCGCAGGGAUGGCUGGCCAGCUAUGUGUAUCCAUGGAGACAAGAGUCAGCCAGAAAGAGACUGGGUACUUAAUGAAUUCCGUUCUGGAAAGGCUCCUAUCCUCAUCGCUACAGAUGUUGCAUCUCGUGGGCUAGAUGUGGAAGACGUUAAGUUUGUGAUAAACUACGACUAUCCAAACAGCUCUGAGGAUUAUGUGCACCGAAUCGGCCGCACUGCCCGUAGCACCAACAAGGGCACUGCCUACACCUUCUUCACACCGGGGAACCUGAAACAGGCCAGGGAGCUGAUCAAAGUGUUGGAGGAAGCCAACCAGGCCAUCAAUCCGAAACUGAUGCAGCUUGUGGACCACAGAGGAGGAGGAGGAGGUGGUGGAGGAGGUCGUUCUCGUUACCGUACUGCUGCCAGUUCAGCCAACAAUCCUAACCUGAUGUACCAGGAUGAGUGUGAACGGAGGCUUCGGGGAGUAAAAGAUGGCCGGAGAGACCGUGACCGUGGCGACAGUUUUGCCAAUGGAGCAAACAAAACCUAUGGCAGUGCUUAUGGAAGUCCGAAUUCCGCAUUUGGGGCUCAGCAGAGCCAAUAUGCCUAUGCCCAAGGGAGCUAUGGAGCAGCUGCCUAUGGCACAAGUGGUUAUGGCACUGCAGAAUACAAUGCUAGUGGCUAUGCUGCCGCUAGCACUGCCACCGCUGGGAGAACCGCUCAAACCGCCACCCAACCGCAGUAUGCAGGGAUAGCUCGGUCAGGCCAGCAGCCGCAGCCUCUCAUGUCACAACAAUUUCCUCAGCCUCCGGCCACUAACAUGAUAGGCUAUAUGGGACAGACUGCCACAUACCAGUAUCCACCCCCUCCCCCACCCCCUCCUCCUUCACGCAAAUGAGACCACUUGGCUGCUGGUGACCAGUCUCGGCCUCUUGCAUUUAAAGGACCCUUUUCUUUCUUUUCUUUCUUUUUUCCCCACUGUGUUGUCUUUC